CCUCACGCCCCCUCAGCCUGCACACCUCCCCCUUGCUCCUUUCUCUCUCUCUCCCUCUCUCUCCCUUUCUCCCCUCCCCCAGCAACCACACACACGCACACACACAAACAGAGAGGGAGGGGGGUGAGAAGGAGAGAGAGGGAGAGCAAGAGAGAGAGAGAGAGGGAGAGAGAGAGAGAGAGAGAGAGAGAGAGAGACUCCCCGGCUCCCUCCCUCCCUCGCACACAGCGACUAGAGACGGACCAAGAGCAACGCGCAGGGAGAGGAGAGACCACCGAGAACAGCCCCGCGCUCUCACACAUACACUCACACUCUGCUCUCUUUCCUCUCCCCCCCACCCCUCCUCCUUUCACCCCCACCACUAACACCAUCUCCUCCUCCUUCUCUCUGCAACAAGAAAAAAAAAAAGCCAUUUACAGGUAUUUUUUUUUUUGGCGGAUCCGCAUAUUUAUUUAUUUCCCCCCCUAACAGUUUGUUUACAAGUAUUAAAGUUGUAAUUGGGAGCUGCCAAGACACAUCUGGAUUUGUGUUUCUUUGUGUUAGGGGGUGAUGUGCAACUAAUUAAAGGCAGACUGGCAGCGUCUGCAAAUCCUAAGGCUCCCCAAAUAAAAAGAGACUGUUGUAACAGUUGGAGGAUAAUGCAAAGGAAGACGCUGCCUGGAAAUUCGCCGUCUGUGGAUAUGUGCCCCAGAGAGGAAUAAAGCAACCUUUCACGUCUCUCUUCCCACCCCCACUCCCGACCCUCGCCCCAUCUUUCCCUUCUAACCCGGCCCCCACCCCAACACCAACCAUCACCCCCUUCCCUCCCCCCCACCUUCCCCCCUUUCCCGCCCAGGUGUCGGACCAGGCGCCCCCCUCUUCCACCCUGCACCCCUUCUUUCCCCCCUGCACCAUGAACACCAAUGUCUGCGUGGAGCCGGGGCCGAGCCCGGAGGCCCCAGGCUUGCCCAAGGAGAGCCACCUGCCCGAGGGCGCCCUCAACAGCCUUGUGGAUUACAACUCGGAGAUGGAGCGCUACCGCUCCUUCGCCACCUCCUUCUACAAGACCAACGGGGGCGCCUUCCCGCAGGCGGCCAAGAUCGCGCGCAUCACCACGCCGAUCUUCCCCAGCAGCGCCGCCGCCGCCGCCGCCGCCGCCCGCAUCGGCAUGUCCCCCUGGAACUGCGACAACGCGGCCACCGCUGCCGCCGCCACCGCCAUGCUCUGGGGCAGCGGAGGCGGAGGAGGAGGAGGAGGAGGCGGAGGAGGAGGAGGAGGGGGGGGCGGCGGCGGCGGCGGCGGCGGGGGGGGCGGCAGGAAAUCCUCCUCCUCCUCCGCCUCCUCCUCCUCCGCCUCCUCCUCCUCCUCCUCCUCCAUCCACCCGGGCAGCGGCGGCGGCGGCAGCAGCAGCAGCAGGACCAGCAUGCACCAUCGAAACGACUCCCAGAGGCUGGGCAAAGCUGGCUGCCCGCCAGAGCCGUCGUUGCAAAUGGCAAAUACUAAUUUCCUCUCCACCUUAUCCCCUGAACACUGCAGACCUUUGGCGGGGGAAUGCAUGAACAAGCUCAAAUGCGGCGCUGCUGAAGCAGAGAUAAUGAAUCUCCCUGAACGCGUGGGGACUUUUUCCGCUAUCCCGGCUUUAGGGGGCAUCUCAUUACCUCCAGGGGUCAUCGUCAUGACAGCCCUUCACUCCCCCGCAGCAGCCUCAGCAGCCGUCACAGACAGUGCGUUUCAAAUUGCCAAUCUGGCAGACUGCCCGCAGAAUCACUCCUCCUCCUCCUCCUCCUCCUCUGGAGGAGCUGGCGGAGCCAACCCGGCCAAGAAGAAGAGGAAAAGGUGUGGGGUCUGCGUGCCCUGCAAGAGGCUUAUCAACUGUGGAGUCUGCAGCAGUUGCAGGAAUCGCAAAACGGGACACCAGAUCUGCAAAUUUAGGAAAUGUGAAGAGCUAAAGAAAAAACCUGGCACUUCACUAGAGAAACCGCCUUUGCUGCAUGUGAACAAUGUGAAUGGAGUUCAGAACCCUUACACUUGCACCACAACCAGCACUUUACAAAGUUGCUGGAAUACGUACGAAACAUUUAGGAAUCUUCCUCUAAGAACACCUGUUCCCAGCGCUGAAGCAUUCCGAUGGUUCUUUUAAAGGUGUAGUGUAUCUUAUUUUCAAGGCAGUCGGAAGUGAAUGGCAAACUAAAGUCUUGUUUUAAGAAACUGAUUAGUCCACCACUGAAGAAAAUACUCAGAUACUAUUUUCAUUUUAUGUAUAGGGGUUUCCUCAAAAAAACACCCACAAAUAUGAAAAAAAAUCUGGGAGCUUGGGGAAUUGGCCAGUCAGUACACUGAUUCUUUCUUUCUUUGAUGUAACUUAGCUAUACUAGUGAAGUUGUUGUCUAUUUUUAAAGUGGCUGUAAAAAAAAAAAAGAAUAAUAAGUUUGGGUAAACCCCUGCUGUAAAAUCAUGUAUCUUUGCAAAGUACAUAUCUAUACUUCAUUUUCCAAAUAUAUGUGUUUCAGUACUGUAAACUGUACAGAUAGCAGCUUGUAUUUUGUGUGUUUAGACACAAGGAGACAAUCACGUCUGAGCAUCUAUGGAGAUUAACAGUUUGUACACAACAGUGUGGUUCUGCGAGUCAAAUCUGGAGCAAUAAAUUCUAGCUUUAAAUAUAUUUUUUCUUUUUGCCAGUUGUUCAGUGGCAGCGGGAGCAGCAACACUGUUUGGCCACACAUCCUCCUGUAGAGACUUGAGGCCAAGAUUUACAAGAUUAAGCGAUUAUGAUGCAUCUAGCAAUUACCUUCAGUUGUAUUGUUGAAAAGGGGAAGACAUUAUAAAAUUUUAAAUUAAUCUUUUGAGCACUAUAUUAGAGUAGUGGUUAUGCACUUACCUUGCUUCCAAAAGAGCUGUAUGGAAGAGGAUACCUCCAAAGUAUUUAGUGGAGUUGACUUGCCUUUGACUGCACUGGAAGGUGGAGCACUCAGAGUAGUAGGACAUGCAGUUAUAUAUUUUAAAAAAGUGUUUUCUAGGAAACAGACUGAAUAAAGUACCAUAUCUUAGGAAAAGAAUCCAUGGCUGACUAUAUUUGCCUCAUUGCCUGCCCACCAUGGGCUACAAAGUAGGCUUUUUAAUAGUAAAAGGAAAACUUUAUAAAAUAUUUUAAUUCCAUAUAUGAUAUUCAGUGGUUAGAUUUGUUUUUGAAUUUGGGUAAGUGGAGGCCUUUUUCAGUCAUACAAAGCUAAGUACAUUCAUAUCAACUAACAAAGAAUUGAACGUAGAUGUACAAAUGUGGCUUUUUAUCCUUUUAUAUCCUCUUCUCUCCAUUGAGCCUACCUGGUGGUACCAGUGGUCUUCUAACGUAGUCCCCCAAUGGAAAACCCCAUUAUAUCCACUGCCAUCCAUUGAUUCCUAAGAAGACAUUGCCACACUACAUGGAAUAAGAAAAAUUCAAUCUGGAAUGGAAAUACAGAGAAUCUGCACCUCAUAGAACUGAUGUUAUCAUUUAUUUGUGGUUUAUCGUUUUAACAAUUAUGGAUGUAGAAACCAUUUCAUCAACACAAAAAGUGUUUGGAGUGAUAGCUAUGUAUUAAGUUAGUUUGUACCACAGUGACCCACAUAAUUUGGGGGAGGGGGAGGGACGGGGACAAAUCAGGUAAACUAUACAAAGUGUUCAAGUUGUCGUGUAGUUUCCACCCUUUCCUCUUUCAUCACUGGGUUAUCUCAAUCCACAGACUUUCUCUUUCUCUCUUCUAAUUCCCUUUCCCUCCCAUCCCAUUCAUCUGCUGAAAAAGUAUUAGAUGGAAGCAGAAAGGUUUAUUUGCCAAUGACAUCUUGGAGACAGUAAGAAUGACUGAGUGAGUGGUGGAAGGAACUAGGGAACAUUAGAAUAGCAAAUGGGUUUUAUAGGACUUAGUUGUAGGUUUAAAUUGGGAAGGGCCAGGAAAGCAUAGGAGGCACUGUGUGAUCAGUGGACAAAUUUUAACACUUUCAUGAAUUGAGAGAACUUACAAAUGAUGAUUGGAAAGCCAGCAAGGUUUGCCUUAGCUUUCAAAAAAUCUGACAUCAAAUGCCUGCAAGUCUUGGGAGGUAAUAUCCUUUCUGAAGUAAACCACUUGAGUGUUUGACUUGUAAAUGUUUUAGAAAAAGUAAAAUAAAGUUACCAUAAAGAUAAAAUGUUUUCUAUUCAUUAAUUUGGUUACUUUCUAUAUGAUGCAUUUUAGACUUAUUUUUUUAAAAAGACUUCUGUUUCCCCUAGGGGACCAACGAGAGCUCUCUGUGUAAGUUCUUGUCCAAAUUUCUGUACAGUCAAAAUAGAGCACAGCCUGAUUUGCAUAGCUAUUUGAUGCAUUUGCUUUACAUCUUUUUAAUUUUUUUUAAUUGGGAUUGUCAUUACAGAAGUAAAACAAAAUUCAGUUCAGGCUACAUUAUGAGUCUAAUGCCAUUCAAAGAAAUCAGUAGCAAUGUAUUUGCUAUCUCAAAUGCCCUAAUAUUGUAUGUCUUUUUGUGUUUUUUAAAUUUGCUUUUAAAAGAAAAGAUGGAUUUGCAUAUUGUAAAUGUGAUGUUUUACAUGUCAUUUAAAAAUUAAGAGAAAUCUUCUAAUUUUUAAAACAGAGAAGGGUAGAUUCUCUUUGAUUCUUGCAUACAUUUUAUUAAUAGUUGUUUCUUGAUGUCAUAUAAUUUUUAUGUUUUGACAAAAUAAAACUCUGUUGUAGUGGGUGUAGAGCAUUCUGGUUGGUAAUACUUAAAGAAAGACAGUCCUUUCCUGAUUUGUAUUUUCCUCAUCACAAGUAAAGUAUUUGUAUAUUAGGAACACUGUAUAUUAAGUUUAUACCUAUACUUUGAUUUCUAAUGAUUUCAGAAUAGUGACGAAAUGUGGAAGAUUUCAUCAUUAAUAUUAUUUCUUUUUUUCCAUUUUAAGCACCAAGAAAAUGCAGAAUGCAAUUUUGAAGUCUUUGGGUGUGUACAUUAAAGAUAACCUUUAAAAGAAAAGUACACAAAAAAACUAAUUGUGUGGGAAAGUUUCAAAAGAGGUAUAGUCCUAGAGAAUGAUAUGUUCUCCCCUAAGCCCAGUGGAGUGAGAAACUCCCCAUUAACAUACCCAAGUAGGGAAAAGCAGAGUGGGAGACUGGUAGUGAAGAAAGGGUACCUGUUUCUACUUCAAUAGGAUUAUCCAGCAACUUUGUGAAUGGAUGGAGCCCUCAAAUCAUAUUUCUGUUUUCCCCUGAGCUGCCUGGGUAUGUGAAAGAUGUGGCACUAUCAACAGGAUUCUUCCCCCUUGUUCUAAGGGUUUCCAAAGAUUCCUUCUUGACCUGUGUGAUAGCAUAACCCUGACACCUACUUUUUUCCUUUAACUUAUUCUAAGAUGGAGAAGAGAGCUUACUGUGAAUUAGUAUUAAACACUCCCUUAAAGAAAAGAACAGUCCCUUUUAUCAGAACCCCUGGCAUGUAAGUCAUACAAUUAAUACUAAAGCAUAUAAAGUCUUUAUGCUGACAAUAUCUGUAAUCAAAUAAUGAAAAAAGAGAGUUGUUAAGUGAACACACCAUCCAGGGUCGAAGGCAUUCAGCAAAAAGCUGUAGUGGGUCUUUGAUCAUAGUUAGAUGCAUAGUGAUAUCAAACAGUUGGUUCUCAUGUAACAGCUAAAUGUUUCAGAUUUUGUUUUUUAUUAAAUUUGGCAGUUUCACACUGAGAUCUGUAUUCCUAGUGAAUAAAAGACAGCUACUACGUUAGGAAGGGUUCCAUUUUCACAACUGCAGGGAAGUUGGAGAUUUUUCAGAAAUGUGGGCCACAAAAAAUGUACUCCUUUCACAGUGUUCUCCUAUUUCUGAACUGUGCAGUUAUCUAUUAAAUUUUCUAAUAGAUAUUUGUGUAAGGUGUAUGUAUGCUUGUGCAAUUAUGAAAAACAGUUUUGGAAAACCGUGUAUUUAUUUUAAAGAAAAUCACUUAUGGGGCAUGUACAAAACUGUAAAAAAAGAAAAAAACACAUUCAAUUUGCCCAGUAAAGUUGUUUUUUUGUGAAAUUUCUGUGUUGUUGAAUAAAGGACUUUAGUAUUCAAAA